UUCUUUCAGUCAAUUCGGAAGCGAACGUCCACCGAUAAAGACGUUUGCGUCGCAUCAUCUCAUUUUUUGUCAUUAUUAUCGCCGCCGCCGCCCCCUCGCUUCUUGUUUAUUUGUUUGAUUUUAUUAAAUGAAAAAUGUUUGAUUAAAUGCAAUGUAAUGAGUAAGAGUGUUAUUUAAUAAUUGAAUACUAAGUGAAUGCACUAUCAAGCCGAUCGUAUGUAAACGCAGUUCAUGAGAAUUUGACAUUUAACUUAUGGCGUUGCUGUUGUGUUUUGCCGCUUCAGGCUCAAGCUAGUUAAAAAAAAAAACAAAACAGCUACAAAAACAAUUGGCGAUUGCAGAAAAAUAGAAACAACAACAACAGUGCAGCGGCGUUUAAAGCGUUGGCGUUGGCGUUAACGUUAAGCGUUGGCAGCUUGUGGGCCAAAUUCGCGGACACGGACGCACCCACCCAAGUCCAAAUACCCCAAUUCCAAUUUGCUGUGUAACUGGGUACAAGUAUUACAGUGUAUAUGUGUGUGUGAGUGACUUUGUGAGAAGGAGUGGCAACGAACGGGGGAAGGGGCAGGAGCAUGGGCUGCCCAGCCGGUUUCGGUGCGCGAGUUAAUUGACAAUAUACACAACAACAAUAACAGCAGAAAUAAACCAAAAAUAUAAAGAAAGAAAGAAGCAUAAAGCGAAUGAGCAAAAAUCGCAUAAUAAAGCAUGCAACAAUCAUCAAGAAAUACAACAAACAAAUGCUUAAAUGUUUGUGUGUGUAUAAAAUGCAUGUGUGUGUUUGUGUUAGUGUGUGUAUGAAAUUCAAAGCAAGUCCUCAGCAUGAUUUGCCUGCCCGGCAUUUAGUGAGAGAGUGAGUGAGUGAGUGAGUGAGAGGGCAGCAUAGUUCUAUUAUUAGACAGGGUAUUUACACAUUCCCCAAAUCUGACGCUUCUGACCAACAAAACCACACCUAAUUCCAUCCGCCCGCCCGCCCACUCAUCUAAACAUUGGCGCCGCCAUGCAGCAUCGUCUGCUGCUUCAACUGACCACGAUUAUUGUGUGUUGCUGUUGCUUCUGGUUGGCGGUUAAGGCUCACAAUUGUCAGCAUCAGCAUCCCAAGGCACACGAGGUUGUGCAUGGUGUGCGCAUUCAGCUGGCCAAUGAUGAUGAUGAUGAUGGAACUGCCGCCGCUGCUGUCGAAGAUCUGGGAAGAAGAAGACGUCGCAGUGUUGCCGCCGAACAACAGCUUCGCAUUCUGCUCGUCUAUGAUGACUCCGUUUACAGACUGGAGGAGGAGAAAUUUAACUUAAUAAAUGACACGGUGCUGCCGGAGGCAGUUCAAUUCUGGGAACAGGCGUUGAUGGUGCGUGAAACGAAGGGUGUCAUCCGGCUAAAUCGAAAAUGCGACAGCACCCAGGUUUAUGUUAAGAACGGCAACACUCACUGCAUUGAUCACUGCAAGGCGACGACGAUGUGCGGUGAGGUGCAGGUGCCCAAUGAGCAUCUGGAUGUGUGUCGGGUGUGCAAUAGCACGGGACAGAAUUGCCGGAUUGACAACAAUACUCAGCCAGGUGAUGGCAUCGAGAAUGCUGACUUUGUGUUCUAUGUUUCGGCGCGACAGACUCAAAGAUGCUACAAGGGCCUGACGGUGGCAUAUGCAGCACAUUGUCAGCAGGAGGCGCUGCUGGAUCGUCCUAUUGCCGGCCAUGCCAAUCUAUGUCCCGAGAGCAUCAGCACCAAGCCGCAGGAGCUGCUAACAUUGAUAUCCACUGUCAAGCAUGAGAUUCUACACGCUCUCGGCUUCUCUGUGAGUCUUUACGCCUUCUUCAGAGACAACGAGGGACGACCACGUACUCCACGCAAACCGGACACAGGCAAGCCGUAUUUGAAUGAGAAAUUGCAGAUUCAUCAGUGGAGCAACAGCACAAUAAGAAAGGUCGAACGAAACAAUUGGGCUGUGCGAGGUGGACACGUGAAGAAGGUGGUGGAUAUGCUAGUUACGCCCCGUGUAGUUGCCGAGGUGCGUGCCCACUUUGAUUGCGACAUACUCGAGGGCGCCGAACUGGAGGAUCAGGGUGGCGAAGGUACCGCUUUGACCCACUGGGAGAAGCGCAUACUCGAGAACGAGGCAAUGACAGGAACGCACACACAGUCGCCGGUCUUUUCACGUAUCACCCUGGCUCUAAUGGAGGAUUCGGGUUGGUAUCGUGCCAACUAUUCGAUGGCCUCGCCACUAACUUGGGGCAAGGGAUUGGGCUGUGCGUUUGCGAUGCGCAGCUGCAAGGAUUGGAUACAAAUGAAUCACGAUAGGGGACGCUCGAUUCAUCCGUUCUGCUCCAAAGUCAAACAGGAUCCACUGCAAACCGAAUGCACCGAUGAUCGAAAUUCCGUCGCAUUGUGUAAUCUUGUAAAGCAUGACUUUGAGCUGCCAAAGGUCUAUCAAAACUUUGACAGCCUCAACAAUAUAAAGAGCGGGGAGGAGGGUUACUAUGGAGGCUCUGUUUCACUAGCGGAUCAUUGUCCCUACAUACAGGAGUUUACUUGGCGCAGCAAGAACGUCAUUGUACGCGGCUCUCAUUGUCGCUUCGUGGAAAAUAAUCCAAAGCCCGAAAAGAACUUUGCUCUGGAGAGCUACGGUGAGGGCUCAAAGUGUUUCGAUCACAGCGAAUCGAUGUGGGAGGAACGUUCCUGCCACCAGACGCGCGAGUGGCAACAUUGGGGCAGCGGCUGCUACAAAUACAACUGCUACGAUGGACGUCUGCACAUCCUGGUGGGCAACUAUAGCUACAAAUGCUCAUUUCCGCACCAGAAGCUCUCCAUUCGGAUCACCGCCAAUGGAUGGCUGCACAAAGGCGUAAUUAUGUGUCCACCAUGCCAUGAACUCUGCGGUUCUUAUUUUGCCGCCGAGGGUAAACAGUGUCGUCCGAGCGAGGAGCCCGAUCCGCUCAAUAAAUAUCCACGCGAUGAACUUGCGUGUGGCGCUGAAUCUCAGCAUCAUUCUAUGGCCAUAAUCUGCACUGCGAUAUUGUUAGCUGUGCUGGGAUACUCAACACUCAGCUAAGCAUUCAAUUUAGACGCAGUUAAAUGUUCUCUAUGUGUUAGUAAAAUUUGUAAAUUGUAUUUGUACAAUAUGCUCAAUUUGUCUACCUAUAAGUCGUAGUUGUAAUUCCCCCCCAAAUCUUAUAGAUAUAUGUAGCUAUAUAUAUUUGUAAUUAUAUCGUAUUGUAUCCCGAUAUGUGAUCUUUACUAAGGAUAUUCUUAGAUGUCGCAUUAAAUCUCCGAUUUAAAUGCAUCGCGAUGUUUAAGCAUAGCUUUUAAGUUAUUUUUCGUAAGCUGAUCUGUACAUUCCAAAGUAUUGCAACUUUUAUUUGCUGAAAAUUAUAAUCACAAUCUGAGAUAUUAUCAGGUAAUAUUCUAAAUCCCUGAAUUGAUCUGAUUGUUGCUGUUUUAACCAUCAAUCCUUUUUUUUGUUACAACAUCUUUGUUAUUUAUUGUUUCGAAAUUCGUUAGUUAUCUUGUGAUGUGUCGGUUUAUUUGUCCUUGUCCUAAGUUUGUUUCCUGUGCUACAGGCAAUUUGAUUUUGGCAGUCCAUUAAAUUUAAAUAAAAUUAAACAUAAAUUUUCAUACCUAAUCUCUAAGCUGAUUUUGUGAAUAAAGUGUUUUAUAUAUAUAAAGAAAUGAAAGACCAAUCUU